CUUUCAAGCAACUUUAAAUAUGAUUAUACUCAGGCAGUUCCUAAAUGUAUGAUUCAAUCAAGUUAAUCAUCCGAGUUCCGAGAUUUAUAAAAUUCAUUUGUGCGGUCUUUCAAGAAACUAGUAGCAUAAAUUAACAAUCUGGCCAUUGGAAAUUGAGAAUAUGAAAACGGUUUCUCACGGUACUCAUAAUCUUACUCCACACGAACACUUAGACAUUAUCAGAUAUCGAGAGUCUUGUUGCUUUUCUCAAAAGGAAAAAAAAAUCCCAACAAAAUUCUAGAGGGCUAGACUUAGAGGCCAAGGCUAAAAUGUUCAUAUAAAAUCAGUACUAGCUAGUUUUGAUGGAAAGAAUGUCUAAAGUUUUGCAAAUUUAAAUGAGAGUUAGUGUUGAAAUCAGUAUCCAACCUAGAAUUUUGCAGCAUGUAAAACUGGUUUUUCUCGUAGGGGCUUCUUCUUGGGGAGGGUUACUUGCAUCUGGGCUACCAUUUCAAAGCCUUUAAUUUUGACCUCUGGAGCUUAGCUGUACUUUCUUGGAAAUGGGGUUUAAGCUCUAAGAAAACCUAUGAGUUCUUUUUCAACUACAAGGUUCCUUUACCACAAAUUCCAAGUUAUCAUCACAAAUUAACAAGAAAAGAAAUGUAUACUUCAUCUCAUGGCAGUGCAAAAUAUGCAUCAGCAGGGUUUCCAACAACUGCCAUGAAUAUGCCUCCCUCCCAUAUCUUACCCUUCCAUGGAGCAACAAGUGCUACAGGGUGGUCUACUGGCCUUUGCCAUUGUUGUGAUGACCCUGCCAGUUGUCUCAUUACUUGUUUCUGUCCAUGUGUAACCUUUGGACAAAUUGCUGAGAUAGUUAACAAGGGGACUAUCUCUUGUGCAGCAAGUGGUACAGUUUAUGGGUUGCUGGCUCUUACAGGCUUAUCCUGCUUGUACUCUUGUGUUUACAGGUCAAGAUUGAGAGGACAAUAUGACUUGGAAGAGGCUCCUUUUGCAGAUUGUUUGGUUCAUUUCUGCUGUGAGACUUGUCCACUUUGUCAAGAAUACAGAGAGCUCAAGAACCGUGGAUUUGAUAUGGGGAUUGGUUGGCAAGCAAAUAUGGAUCGACAAGGCAGAGGAAUCACGGUUGCUCCCGCUGUAGGACGUAUGGCCAGAUGA